AUGGCCGUGACGAGCAAAGGAGAUGGUCUGAGAACUCUUUUAAUUGAUAACUUUGACAGCUACACUUUCAACUUGCACCAGCAGCUUUGUAAUUCUGGAGCUCAAGUUGUUGUCAUUCGAAACAACGUGCCAUGGGAACAAGUGCGUGACAACAUUUUCCCACAUGUUGACAAUGUAGUCAUUUCUCCAGGUCCAGGAACUCCAACUGUUAUCGGCGACUUUGGAUGCUGCCACAAUGUCAUUCUUCACUCCAACCUUCCAGUCUUGGGCGUAUGUCUCGGUCAUCAAGGCAUGGCUACAGCAUUGGGAGGAAAAGUCUGUCAUGCCCCAGAACCUAUGCAUGGACGAAAGAGUCUAUUGCAUCAUAACGGGAUGGAGUUGUUUGCUGGAAUCAACAACCCGUUCUCUGUAGUCAGAUAUCAUUCGCUGAUUGUUGAUGAACAAGCCUUGCCAUCGUGUUUGCAAGUAACAGCCUGGACCAAACCAACCGCCCCGAAUAGCAAACGUAUAAUCAUGGCUCUGAAACAUAAGGAGCGUCCACUAUGGGGCGUACAGUUUCACCCGGAAUCCAUAUGUACAGAUCAUGGUCUUGACCUCAUAUCCAACUUUAUGAACCUGACGAGAUCACAACUACCCAUAACGCGAACGACUAGUAUUCCUGCUAAUGUACUGGACAUGACGGUGAUUCCAUCAGCACUUGCUGAAUGCAUAGCUUCACCAUCUCAAACACGAUUGGUAGUCAGGAAGAUAGAAAACGUUCAGAUAGAUUCUGAGUCAGUAUUCAAGACACUCUUUGCAAACAAACCUGUAUCGUUUUGGUUGGACUCGGCUCGUGUUGAAGAGAGUCUCAGUCGCUUUUCGUUUAUGGGGUCAGGAGACAGCGAACGCAGCUUCAUUGUAAAUUACAGCAUAUUAUCUAGAAAAGUCACAACAAUCCAAGGUGGUCAAUGUACAUAUACUCAAUUAGACAUGACCGACACCUUCUUUGGCUACAUGGCCAGACUAGUCAACCAGCACUCUCUCUGUCGGCAGGACACUAUAACAAUACCGCAGCCAUUCGAUAUACCUUUUGAUUUAAUGUGUGGAUUUGUGGGAUACUUUGGGUAUGAAAUGAAGACGGAAAGUCUUGCUGAAGGACGAACCACUCCAUUCAAGUCUGUAUCUGCUAAUCCAUUACCUGAUGCCGCAUUCAUAUUCUCUGAUCGCCUCGUGGUCUUUGAUCAUAUUAAGAAUGAUGCUUAUAUUGUCAUGUUGGAGAACAUACCACAAUCAUCCCUACUAGUAGAAAAGCACACGUCAUUAGGAAACAGAGUCAAUAGUGCUUGGUUGGAUGAUACAUUACGAGUGUUACAAUCAACUGCAUCGUAUACGAAUGGUCAUGCUGCUGCAAAGAGAAAGCGGAAGCGCGGGAUGACGCUAGACCACACUCGCGACGAGUAUAUACAAGCCGUAUCAUCAUCUCAAUCUAAAAUAAUCGACGGAGAGAGUUACGAAGUCUGUCUGACAACAAGAGCAUCAAUCCAACUUCCGAAAAUGGACUUGUCGGAUCUCAUUCAUGAUACAUUAGCCAUGCAUCAUCAUUUGAGAAAUGUGAAUCCUACUCCUCAUGCUAGUUUUAUUAAUUUUGGGCAGGGGAUGAUUAUCGUGUCUGCUUCGCCAGAAGAGUUUGUUACUGUAGAUCGUGACAAGUGGGUUCAGGCUAGGCCCAUCAAGGGUACUAUCAAACGAGAUAAAGUAGAUCCUAUUCGAGAUGCUAAGCUCAAGGUUGAGCUUGAGCAGAGUGAAAAGAAUAUUGCCGAGAAUCUGAUGAUUGUAGACCUGCUACGUAAUGAUCUGAAUCUUAUUUGUACACCAUCAAGUGUCUGUGUGCCUUCUCUCUUCAAGGUCGAAAGCUAUGCCUCGAUACACACCAUGGUUUCAACUAUCAAAGGAAGUCUGAGGCCCGGGCUUACUGCAGUUGAUGCCGUAAUGAAGUGCUUUCCACCAGGCUCUAUGACUGGAGCACCCAAACGAAGAACAGUAGAAAUACUAGAAGACCUUGAAAAAUCACCGAGAGGAGUAUAUUCUGGUGCUUUGGGUUACUUCUCUUUAACAGGAGAAGCAGAUUUUGCAGUCGUUAUACGAACGGCCAUUAUUCACAACCAAGAACUAUCGGUGGGUGCAGGUGGUGCGAUCGUAUCCUUGUCAUCUCCAACUGAAGAGUACGAUGAAAUGUUGCUCAAGCUCUCUUCUGUUCUGCCCAGCAUUUCCCAUGCUUUCGGCAUUGAUGGCCUGUAG